GUACAAAGAGAAAUUUGCUUUGCAAUAUUUUUUGUUGUUGAAGGUUGGCUGUUUCUCCUUCAUGUGAUCGCAGAGUAGAGCGGUGAUCAGAAGGACAGGGAUAACGUUUCCCAACUUCCCUUUGCCAUGUCGUCUACCAAGAUUUAUAUUGGUGAUUUGGGUAACGAUGGCAGUGAGAGAGAAAUAGAGGACGCUUUCAGUCGAUAUGGAAAACUCACUGAAGUUUGGGUCGCCAAGAAUCCUUCGGGCUUUGCAUUUGUGCACAUGACGGACCCACGAGAUGCUGAUGAAGCUGUUCACAGGCUAGAUGGCAGUCGCCUCUGUGGACAUCGUGUGCGUGUAGAGAUUUCUAAAUCUCGGCCACGUCGAGGUGGCGGCCGUGGCUAUGGAGGCGGUGGAGGAGGCGGUUAUGGUGGUGGUCGAUUUGGUGGCGGUCGUGGCAGGGAUUAUCGUCAAGAUAGAUACCGAGACUCGAGGUAUCGCUCGCGAUCUCGUUCUCCCCGCAACCGCUAUAGAUCAAGAUCACGUUCACCGCGCAGAUCAAGGUCCCGCUCCCCAGCUUAUCGCCGUCGGUCACCUUCAGUGGAGCGUCGCCGCUCACCCUCGUUUGAUCGUCGCCGCUCAGCCUCACCAGACCGACGUCGCCAGGACUCGCGCAGUCGCUCGCCUGUGCCUCAUCACAGAUCCUCGUCGCCAGGUCGCAGGAGCCGCUCGCCGCAACCCAAUAGAUCUCGUUCCCGAUCACCGCGGCAGUCUCGAUCGCCAAGCCGGUCGCCGGGGAGAUCACCCCAUUCCGCACGCCGCUCACGCUCGCCAUCUGCUGGUCGGUCUGCAUCGCCAGCCCGUGGCAGGCAAUCUCCAUCUCGUUCGCGUAGCUGCUCCCCUCAGCAGCAGCAGGAACGCCGCGUCCUAUCUGCAUCGCCACCACCCCGUCGCAGCUACUCUCGCUCCCCUAGUCCUCGUCGCCGUGGUUCUUCGCCGUCACCAUCGGGAAGCCCUCGUGGUGAAAGGCGCUCGGCGAGCCGAUCUCCAUGAUCAUCUGUGUGUUAUGUUAUUGCAUUCAACCUUUAUUCACAAUACAGGGGUAGCCAUGCAGGCGUAUGCACACGCACACUUGUGCAUUGUCUCUCAGUUGAAUUUUACGAUGCCUUUACAUCUAGUCUGCACAAGCUUCUCUCGAGCUUCUUCUAGUGGGUGAGUGAGUCUUAAAGUUUAGUUUGUGAUGCUGAUCUUCCUAAACGGUACACUUUACCUCCGCCUACUGUGCCUCCUGCUAGUGUUAUCCAUAUGCCUCGGAUCCAUGACAAAUUUUUUAAAACAUUUUGUCUUAGCAUUUGUACUUUGUAGCCUAGCCAGCUGGACUCUCUUUGCGUCUGUGCGUGUUCUCGUUUAGUCUUUUGAUGACCAGGUGUCGAUCUCA